AGCCGUGGAGGUGUUACGAAGUAGGAAGUACCACUCUGAGUCAGCGUGCUAAGUAUAACCAAAUAUCUUUAAUUACUCAUGUUAAAAAUGGACAUAUAAUAUGUCACUGUGAUGAUAUAGGAUUUGUUUGAGAUUUUAACCUGGAAUCGGAGUCUGGGAUCUACAUUAACCGGACAGGUAUUUAGAACGUAAACACACCUGAACCAUCCGGCAGUGUUUAUCGAAGUGAGUGUUUACGACGCUUAUCGUACUGUUAUUUGCUAUGUGAAACACAGUACACAUCGAUUUGUCAAUAUUUCACAUGAGACUUACCUGAUAUAGACACACCUGUACGUAUAUCAGUGUUAUGUACCUCUAAAACAUAAAACAUGCCUUCAAAGAAGGAACGACUUCAGGUUCUAUCACAAAUAUGGUCAACACCCACCCCAUUUGAUAUAGAUUUUUUUGACAAGGGGAAUGAAGUUGUUGUUGUGACGUCAUACAAGGGAGACGUAACGUCAUGGUGGUUACGUAUUUUCCAAGCUCUGUACCCUGAUAAAGUGUACAGAGAGAAAGCUGACGUCACGAAGAUCAAACCUUCAGAAGGAGUGACACUUAAAGUCAAUAAGCGUACAGGAAUCAUGAAGGUCAGUGGUAAAAACCACUGGCGUUGGAUGGUGGACAACUUCUCUGAGGUGUUGGACCAGGGUAACGCUGACGCACAGGAACUUGAGGAGCAACAAUCUGUAGCUGACUCAGUUACUCGUUACCUACAGCUCGACAAAAACGUGGAAGAGGUGCAGGACUUACUUGACAUGAUACCAGAAGGAGGAGGCAUCAUGCAGCAUGAUUUUAUCAUGCGGCUUUGGAAGAGCCUGAUCGAUGAUUGGUUUGGAUGUGGAGCUACUUUAUACAUUGUGACACCUCGUAUUGACGAGGAGAGACUAUUCCAAAUUUUUCUCCUGAUGAUUCGUAACAAAGGAACGGCGUUCAAUGUGACCUUGGUAACACCAGAAAAGUCACCAGAAGGUGAGAAAUUCAAGAAAACCCUAUCAGUUACACAGAGGAUGAUGAAAAAAACGCGGACUCCAAGAGCGCAGAAAAGAUUAGUGUCAGAUGUGAAGAUGCAAUGGGCUAUGGAAAAUCUAAAUGUCCACAAUGAGAACUUUUCCACAAACUUUAUAGCUGCCUACAAAGAUGAGGAGGCAGAAGUGCUCACCACAACUGCCCAUUUCCAUAAAAGUCAUUUUCACACCAACCAGAAAGACAACGUGUGCUACAAUAAACUCAGUACCCAGGACCUAAAGAGAAACUACCUGUUCCCCCUAGGUGUGACCACAGUCAAUUACUAAUUCAGUGGAGUGUCUAAUACUAUAUAUAGAAUCAUUUUAACUGCACAAUUAAAAGUUCAUGACUAAUAAUGAUGAGGUGACAUCAGAAAACUAUGCACCUUCCUAGACCUCACCACAUUCCUUGUGUAAUACUGAUUUCAGGAUGACUUUUUAUAUGUUAACCUAUAUAGCUAGAAUGGUUAUAAUUGUAAGUUAUUGUGACUAAUUGAGAAGGCAAGGUACAAUUAAGUGUGUAAUUACUAAUUAGCCAUAUGCAUGUUCAUAUGAGAACUCUUAUCUUCCUCUCAGAAACUUUGGAAACAUUAUAUAGUUCAUGUUAAGACCGGUUUGCCUCAGUUUGUCACAUUUUGAGUCAUCAAAACCAUUCAUAUGCUUUAUUUAAUUUCUUAUGUAUAUCAACCUUAUACAUAUAAACAUAAUUUGGUAACACAUUUUUUGUCAGUAACAUCAAGCUUGUCAAAACUUUUCAUGAUAAUUUUAAGCACUGUCUACAUGUACCUAAACACAUAAGGAAGUACAUUCACUGAGCUUUAUAAUUUUUAUAGUAUUUCUGUAAUACAAUGUAUAUAUCAAAGCACAUUUCAUUUAGUGCAAAAUAUUACAAUAUAUCUACUCAUUAAUAGACAAUAAUGAAUUAUGAUUAAAUUGUGUAAUGAAUUUGAA